UUUAUGAGGGAGGAAAAUGGCUUCCGAAAGGGUUUCUGUGUGAGGGAUAACUGUUACUGCCCUCUCUGGGAAGGACACCGGAGCCCCUCAGUAUGAUUCUCAACGAUUCUUGUCACAUAAACUUGAGAUGAGAGAGAUGUACAUUUUCAUGACAUAUCUAAACGGAAAGAUUAGGAUUUUAUCUUGCAGAAAAUAUGGAUAAACGUAGGCGGAUCUCUGUGGAGUGUGUGUUUUACCUAGAAUUAUAACAACAGUUUGUGUAUGAUCUUUCCCUGUGGUGGUGGUUAGUAGGAAUUUUUACUUUCUAAAAGAGAGAAGAUAUUUAAAAAAGGAUUAGAAAACCAAAAAGAGCCAUUUCAUUCGGAUAUUUCCCCCCUUAAAUUUAUCGUGUGUAGAGUUCUUCAUAAUAUAAAGCAUUCAAAAUGAUGUGUGACGUGAUGCCAACGAUUUCGGAAGAUGGGUCGAAUGACCGGGAAGCUCAGGGUGCUCAAGAUGAUGCUAAUUUCGAACAGCUUAUGGUUAACAUGUUGGACGAGCGCGACAAGUUGAUGGAAACCUUACGUGAGACCCAAGAAGCUUACAGUCUAGGCCAAGCAAAACUAGGUGAAGUUGAAAGAGAAAGGGACGCAUUUCAAAAACAGUUGCAAGCCACCACCCCUCAGGAAUUUGCUACUAUUACUAAAGAAUUGAGUGCUGCUCGAGAACAGCUAUUAGAAAGGGAGGAAGAAAUAUCAGAAUUGAAAGCAGAACGAAAUAACACUAGAUUACUGCUGGAGCACCUGGAGUGCCUUGUUGCUCGACACGAACGUUCACUCAGAAUGACGGUUGUGAAACGGCAGGCUUCGUCCCCAGGUGGAGUUUCUAGUGAGGUGGAAGUUCUUAAGGCACUAAAGUCCCUUUUUGAACAUCAUAAAGCACUUGAUGAGAAGGUCCGGGAACGACUACGGGUAUCUUUGGAACGAGUUGCAGUAUUAGAAGAAGAAUUAUCUAAUGCUAAUCAAGAACUGUUCACACUGCGGGAGCAGCAAGCAAAGUCCAGGCAUUCAAGUGGGAGCACUGAAGAUGGUAAACUCCUUAAGGGAACCUCCUCGGAGGGUACACAAGAUGGUGAUAAUAAAGAUCUUCAUCCUAAGAGGCUAUCAAAUGGAUCAAUAGACCCAGAUUCUGAUGUUAACCGUGUGAUAGAGCUUCAGGAAACAGUGGAAAAACAGAACUCAGAAUUAACUUCUACUAGGACAAACAUUUUAGAAUUAACAAACAAAUGUACAGAAUUGGAAGAAUCUCUAACGUCUACUCAGAAAGAUUUAAUAAAGUCUCAAGAACAAUUAGUUAAACUUCAAAGAGAUCUUCGAGAGUCUGUUGCACAAAAAGAAGAUCAAGAAGAAAGAAUAGCAACUUUAGAAAAACGGUAUAUUAAUGCUCAGAGGGAGUCCACGUCUUUACAUGACUUGAAUGAUAAAUUAGAAAAUGAACUCGCCUCAAAAGAAUCGCAGUUAAAGGCUAGUGAAGAAAAAAUAAGAGUUAUUCAAGAAAAAUUAGAAUUGUCAGAACAGAAACUGCAGCAAUCGUUACGUAAGGCAGAAGCUCUACCAACAGUAGAGGCUGAACUCGCACAGCGAAUGGAAGCUCUUAAUCAGAAUGCUAGAGGAUCUCAGGCCGAGCAACAACAUGGAAAUGCCCAAGAAAAAUUAUUAUCACUUGAACAAAGUCUCACUGACCAAACUAAUGAAUUACAAAGAGUAAGUAACUUCUUUGGUUUGAAGAUUUCUUAUUUGAAUAGUACUGGGCUUGAUGUAAUUGGCUUGUCCCUUCUCCUAAAACUUGCUGGCCCUGUGCCAAAAUUUGAAACUAUUAUUGUUGUUGUUAUUAUUAUUACUAUUAUUUCCUUAUUUCAGGUGAACACACUGAAUGAACAGGAGUGGGAGAAAAUACAACAAGCACAUGUGUUGGCUAAUGUUCAACAAGCUUUUGAUACCAGUGACACUGAAGGGACUGACGACACAGAGUCCAUAUUUGGCGCUGUUGACUUACUUUCACCCUCUGGCCAUACAGAUGCACAAACAUUGGCCUUGAUGAUCCAAGAACAGCUGGAUGCAAUCAAUAAUGAAAUUAGAUUGAUACAAGAGGAGAAAGAAAGUACCGAACAGCGAGCAGAAGAACUGGAAAGCAGGGUAGGGAGUGGAAGUCUUGAUGCAAUAGCCAACAGAUGGCGCUCGGGUUAUGAGCGAUCGUCUCCACCACUUAGCGGGCGAUCAACGCCUACUCCAAGAUCAUAUCAGUCCAGAGAUUAUCUUCAAAAAUAUCAUACAGCACCUGCAGGUAUGUCUGCAGCACAUAUGCACACCUACUCGUCCUCUAGUCCACAGCUAGCUACAGGGACCGACUCCUCUGCAUCACAGCCUGCUGUUCAAUACAGUCGUGACGACAGUGCGAUUCCAGAAGAAGGUCAUCAAAUUAAAUGUGAAUCAAGUCCACCAACUCCUCGUUCAAUACGGUUAGAAAGGGUGGCAGCAGCUUUAGCCCAUAGUGACGAGAGAUAUGGACUGGAUCAGAACACAGUAAUAAGAAUCUCUUCAGAGAUGUCGAAUAAAUUGAGGAGGGCCGUAAUGAUAGACAGUGCGCAUAGCUCCCCAAGUCCUCUAAGCAGUGCCAAUAGCAGCCAAGACUCCUUGCACAAACACCAAAAGAAACGUGGUAUAAAAAGUUCCAUAGGCAGACUUUUCAGUAAAAAAGAAAAACAGAAGACCAAAGAUGCAAUGAUCAGAGGUGAAAAUAUGGCCACUGGUGGCCAAUAUGGAGAUGGUUUGGAAGCAGGUUCAUCAGAUACACUUGCGUUGGGCUUAGGGCAAUCUGAAUUUGAUAGAAGAAAGAAAAAGAAGCAUGAAUUAUUGGAAGAAGCAAUGAAGGCUGGCACGCCAUUUGCAUUAUGGAAUGGUCCGACUGUAGUCGCUUGGCUUGAGUUGUGGGUUGGAAUGCCCGCAUGGUAUGUAGCUGCAUGUCGAGCUAAUGUUAAAAGUGGCGCCAUUAUGUCAGCUUUGUCGGAUCAAGAAAUCCAAAGAGAAAUUGGUAUCAGCAACCCUCUCCAUCGCCUUAAGUUACGUCUAGCCAUCCAGGAGAUGGUUAGCCUUACUAGCCCAUCAGCACCAAAGCCAUCACAAACGCCUUUGGCAUUUGGUGAUAUGAACCAUGAAUGGAUAGGCAAUGAAUGGUUGCCAAGUUUGGGUCUGCCACAGUACAGGAGCACGUUUAUGGAAUGCCUAGUGGAUGCACGGAUGCUAGAUCAUCUGACGAAAAAAGAUUUACGUGGUCAGCUAAAAAUGGUAGAUAGCUUCCACAGAACAAGCUUACAAUAUGGAAUAAAUAGUUUGAAAAAAAUAAAUUAUGAUAGAAAAGAAUUAGAAAGACGCCGAGAAGAGAGUUCGUCUGAAAUGAAAGAUGUACUUGUCUGGACAAAUGAACGAGUCAUUAAAUGGGUUCAGUCCAUUGGGUUGAAGGAAUUCGCAAAUAACUUAUUUGAAUCUGGAGUCCAUGGAGCUCUGGUAGCGCUGGAUGAAAGUUUUGACCAUAAUAGUAUGGCAUUAGCUCUACAAAUCCCCACUCAAAAUACACAAACCCGACAAUUAUUAGAACGUGAAUUUAAUAAUAUGCUUGCUUUAGGGACUGAGCGCCGCUUGGAUGAGGGCGAAGGUGGGAAAUUCAGACGUGCUCCAUCUUGGCGUAAAAAAUUCAAAACUAAGGAUACAAAAGGCCGUGAAGGUUCCACAGAAGAAACUGUUGAGUCGGCAACACCAGCAUCAACAAGCACCACUACGACAACAACUACUACUACUACUACUACAACAACAACAGGGGAAUCAUUUGCAGGACAGCAACAGUCACCCCAGCGGACCCGGCGAGGACCUGAUCCUUCGUCAAUGUCUCGCCGGACCACAGAAAAUAUGCGCAACUACUGAUCAUAUCUAUGUGUACUUAUUACGGUUUAUUCAUGCUAGGUUUUUAGACAGUAGCCGAUCUGCAUGCAGGGUCACAGACUGUCUUUUUUCCAACCUGAAACUGCUGUGUCCAAUGUGGUGGUGAUGGCCUACAUGUUGGUGAAAAGAAAACAUGCACCCACUUUUAAUCCUGCUGUCAACAGCAAGUUGACCUCUGGUCAGUCUGUGGGUAAAUAAUCAGGGCAGUGCCUAUAAAACCCCAUAUCUUUGCCAUACUGGCAUCUCACCCUCCAACCAACACUGCUUCAAGUCAAAAUUGCUGGGACUGUUCCAAAACUGAUUGAUUAAACAACAACAACAACAACUUCUCUCAUUUCUGGAAGCAGUCAACAAAUAAUACCAACAUCUUUUUUUUUUCCCCCCCUUUUUUUUUUUCUCUCCUCCCGUUGUGCCACAUCACUAAUUCCAGGGUCCGAUAAGGCAGUAAGGUCCGUCUGCUAAGUGACCCAUUUCGCUAGUUGAGCUAGUGCAAUUUUGAUUUGUCCCAUUUUUUCUAUAUUGCAACGUGGAUGUGCUGUGAUGUACGUACUUAUAUGAGCAACUGUAUAAAAAAAACAAUAAAUAAAUGGAAAAAUAAAAUAAAAAAAGAAAAAGAAACAUGACCACCAUGCACUUAAGCAUCCAUGCAUGUUUGUAUGCAUUCAUAUGUAUCUGUACAUACAUGCAUGUUUGCCUGUGCAAAGGAGGUUGUACGAAUGUCUGUGUAUGUGUGGAUGUAUGCAUGCUCUAACUAUCGUACGUGACAGCAGGUGUUGUCGUCCAUAUUUAAUGGAGAAAAUCUUUUUUUUUUUUUUU